AUGGUGUUACAAUUGACAAUUGAGACCGUGAAAAGAAAGAGGAAGGCCCUCCAGGUGGUUGCAAAGGUAGAAGGAGUGGAUUCUGUGGCUGUGGACAUGGAGGAAAAAAAGAUGACAGUAAUUGGGAAAGUAGACCCUGUGGUUGUUACAUCAAAACUCAGGAAAUCUGGUUUUUGCUUUGCAGAGUUGGUGAGCGUGGAGAAAAAUGAGGAGGAGAAAAAUGAGGGAGAGAAAAAAGAGGAGGAGAAUAAGGAUGUGGAGAUAUCAGAGCUCCGAAACGUUUGUUAUGUCCAAAGGCCUUAUUAUGAUUGCGCUUAUGUCGAGGGGCCUUAUUAUUACGUCGAUGAUAAUCCCGGCACUUGCACCAUAUGCUGA